AUGAGCUUGGACAACAAGAUCUUGGCCUAUCGUUUCAUCGGAUGCGCCACACUGGUAUUCUCAGUCGUGUCAGCGCUUUCCAUCUGCAUCACACUCCCAAUGGUUUUGGAGUAUGUGAGUAGCAUCAAGAUCCGAGUCAACAGGGAUGUUAGCUACUGCAAGACUUCUGCUCAAGAAAUCUGGUCGGAAAUAAGUUCACUGAAAUCUAUCAACAGCACACGUGCACAGCGACAAGCAGGCUAUGCGACACCGCCGUACAGUUCAACAGAUGCAACUAUUACCGGCGGUGGCGUGCAGGUAGGAGGCGAUCCAUGCGCAGGUUGCUGCGCUCGUGGACCACCAGGUGUUCCAGGAUUACCUGGGAAGUCCGGAAAAGCUGGUAAAUCUGGUGCAGCCGGAGCCAAUGGACUACAUGGAAAACCGCCACUUUCACCCUGUGAAGCAGUCUCACCACCCCCAUGCUCUCCAUGCCCAGCCGGCCCACCAGGUCCACCAGGACCAGCUGGAUUCCCAGGUCCAGCUGGAGCACCUGGCGAAGAUGGCCACCCAAGCCCUCCCGGCAGUGCCGGCCCACCAGGACCCAAGGGAUUGCCGGGAUCAAAGGGAAGAAAUGGACAACCAGGAUCUGGAGGAGCUCCAGGAACACCUGGUAAUUCGGCUCCCGAAACACCAGGGCAGCCAGGAGCGGCAGGUCCUCCAGGACCAGCUGGACCCCCCGGUCCAAAUGGAGUCGAUGGAAUGUCAUAUGGUGCGGGUCCUGCAGGACCUAAGGGCCCUCCAGGUCCACCAGGUGCGCCUGGUUCCGACGGCAAUCCGGGUCCACAAGGCUCUGCCGGUGAAAAAGGCAAAGCAGGAGAGCGAGGAAUUUGUCCCAAGUACUGCGCCAUCGACGGUGGUAUCUUCUUCGAGGACGGGACAAGGCGAUAG